ACUACGUCCACUUCUUAAAUACAGUCUGUGGGAAGUAGAAGCUGCAGCUGUGACCUUUGACCUCUGAUGUCAUCAUCACAUGGUGACUCUUAAUGGCGCCGAUCGAGUCAAGUUCAUGUUAUUUUCUUCAUGAAGUCUUCAGGCCUUUAAACUGUGAUUUCUGAUUUUUUUCAAUGUGUCUGAUGUUCGUCUUCUCCACUCCAGCCUCCACACGUUCCGGGAGGUUCCCAGGUUUCGGGUGCUGGUCUGUGGGGGCGACGGGACGGUGGGCUGGGUGCUGGGAGUGCUGGAGGCCGUCCGGCACAAACUGGUGUGUCGUGAGCCGCCCAUCGGCAUCGUACCGCUGGGAACAGGGAACGACUUGUCUCGAGUCCUGCGUUGGGGAGCCGGUUACAGCGGCGAGAACCCCCACCACAUCCUGGUCUCUGUGGACGAGGCAGACGAGGUCCUGAUGGACCGGUGGACCAUCCUGCUGGACGCCCAGGACAUCUCUGAAGACGGGAAGGACAACGGCUUCCUGGAGCCUCCCAAGAUUGUGCAGAUGAACAACUACUUCGGUCUGGGCAUCGACGCGGAGGUCAGCCUCGACUUCCACCAGGCCCGAGAGGACGACCCUGAUAAAUUCACCAGCAGGUUCCAUAACAAAGGGGUGUACGUGAAGGUCGGUCUGCAGAAGAUCAGUUGGACCAGGAGUCUCCACCAAGAGCUGCAGCUGCAGGUGGAUGCUCAGAACGUCCCGUUACCUCACAUAGAGGGGCUGAUCUUCCUCAACAUACCCAGUUGGGGUUCUGGUGCUGACUUGUGGGGGUCAGAGGUCGAUGUUCGCCAUGGGAAACCGAGCAUCGAUGACGGGCUGCUGGAGGUGGUCGGCGUCACCGGUGUCGUCCACAUGGUGAGAUAAGUCACCACACUCAAGACUCUUUAGCUGUUUCCAGAGCUUUCAACUGUGUGUGUGUGUGUGUGUGUGUGUGUGUGUGUGUGUGUGU